UUCAGAGUAACUGAGACUGCAUGCCCUCAGACACCAUUGUUUGUCUCAACUGUGGGAGUGGAAAAUGACCUAACAAGAUGGGAGUGGCCACACACCUGUCAGACCUGUUCCUGAUUCUGAUUCUCCCAUGCGUUAGUCCUUUGUUCAACCUGAAUGAGGAUGGCGGAAACACCGAACCCGGCCACUACCUCCUUUCCAGCACCGACUAUUUCUCUACCACUUGGAAUGGAAAUAUUGAGGACAUAUUCAGGGGCCCUGAUUUGUUUGGAAAUUGUGUUUGGAGGGUUGGUGUGGAUAUUAGUAGCGUCGACGAAUGUGUCUGUGCCAUUGUUGCAGGGAUGGGUGAUGUUUGUGUCAGUAACCAUGUUCAUCUGUUCGUCUCUAUACCUUGCCCUGUUUCUGCUGGGCCUGGCUGACAAGAUUAACACUGACUGGAAUUUCAUGGACAUGUUCUACCAUUUCAUCGCUUUGCUGUUUUAUUUUGGUGCAUUUUUGCUGGAAGCUACAGUUUCAUCUGCGGGUACAUAUGCAAACAGCACCUGCAUACGCAGACCCCGUGGCAAUAUAAUAACAUUUAUGGACUAUAGAGAAUAUAACAUUAAUGUCGCUGCUGCGAUAUUUUCAUUUAUAGUGACUUUGUGUUAUGGCUGUAGCAUGUUCAUGGGCUUCAGGAGAUGGAGAAAAUAGCACACAAAAAUGAAGCAUAUGUAACUGAUUCAUAGCACAAUAUCAAAUGUAAACUGUACUGUUAUGGACAUUACACAAGGUGAUAAUGGUUUACCACAGUGUCUCUAGGGACUUUAGUCACAUUUUAUUUGUAUUUUCUUAUUUUUAUUAUAUAUAGAGUGCAUCCUGAAAGUAUUCACGCGCUUCACUAUCUCCACACUUUGUUAUAUUACGGCAUCCUGUUUCUACUGAUCAUCCUUGAGAUGUUUCUACUGGAGUCCACCUGUGGUAAAUUCAGUUGAUUGCAGAUGAUUUGGAAAGGUACACUCCUGUCUAUAUAAGGUCCCACAGUUAACUGCAUG